AUGAAAUCACCGAGUGAGGAGGACCGAGAUGGUCAUGGUUGUGUCUACAAAGAAGUUCGGUUCUCGCCUACAGCAACACCGCAGCGCCGAGCUCAAUCGGUCUCGGGCAGCAACCCCUCAGCAAACUCCAGAUACGACCCAGUGCCUUUUUCUCAAGCAGUUGCCUCCUUAGCUACUUCUUACAUUGGUAAAUCGCGAGAGCUAUUAGAGAAACAACGAAAGCACUUCGAGACGGAAAGGACGCUUUUUGCCCAAGAAAGACAGCUUUGGCAGGAAGAGCGGUCAAUUCUCAGGACCAAAAUUUCUGAGUUGGAAUCGCUACUGAGGUCACAAAAAACACACUUGAAUGGACACCACGCUCCUGGACUGGGAUUUGGAACGCCGAAAUACCAAGGAUCUGGUGAUAACGCGAUACACUUGGCCCAGGUGUGGGAAGGAACAAGCCCGGGUGGUCGACCAACAAGGGUCUUCCGAGAUGAAGAUAUCCCCGACAAUACAUACCUGUCGUCAAUCACUGAAGGGGGUGAUAAUAAACCUCCGUCCCUGGAUGCAGCCUUAUCGCCUCAGUCACAACCCGCAGAUGCUUCGGGGGCCACUGUUAGUGUACCAGUGCCGAUCGAGAAACUCGACAGUAGACUAGAUGGUAUUACGCUCAAGUCUACUGCAUUACCCCCCGGGGUCGUUGCUCGGGUUAUCACCCCACCGACACCCCUGGAGACCUCCCCUCUCGAUGCCCCUUCGGAACCUGCAAGGCCUGAGAAGGAACACCGAAACAGUCUCAAAUUAAAGCUGUCAGAACUCGGACCACCCAAUGAGAACCUCGUGCGAAAUGCUGGACACACUCCCAUGGCAAUCAUCGAGGCUGAUGGGAGUUUCAGAUCCACACAGGAUGCUACUCCUUUCCCCGAACCUGAGUCCCAGGAAGAGGUCCCCUUGGCACCUGUCCAGACCGAAGUGCGUCUCCCCACGGAAAAAGCGGAGUCUUAUUUCCCCGAUGUACCUGAAGAUCCUGCCCUGAAGGGGCCGUUAGGUCUCACAAACGACGAGGAACAUGAUAAUAGCUUCCUAAAUGAGCUGGAUCAGAAACUUCUAGACCAAGCCAGGCGAAUUCUGUCUACUUCAGGAGAAAGUACAGACCCAAAUGAAACAGAACCUGAAGUGCCUAACCAGGGUGAACAAGAACCUGAAAUCAAGUUCAAAAAAUCAACCAAUUUCGGUACAGCUUUUGGAAUAACCAACUGCAAUGAACUUUGA